CCCGAGCCGGGCAUCCUCACUCAAACAACACCAGCCACCAGCUCAUCUCUCACUGACCUUACCACUUGAAUUGGGAUCGAAAUGGCCGCGUCGGCGCUGCACCAGACCACCAGCUUCCUCGGCACCGCCCCACGCCGCGAUGACCUCGUCCGCAGCGUCGGCGACUUCGGCGGCCGCAUCACCAUGCGCCGGACUGUCAAGAGCGCACCCCAGAGCAUCUGGUACGGCCCUGACCGUCCCAAGUACCUGGGCCCGUUCUCCGAGCAGACGCCGUCGUACCUGACCGGCGAGUUCCCCGGUGACUACGGCUGGGACACCGCGGGGUUGUCAGCUGACCCAGAGACGUUCGCCAAGAACAGGGAGCUCGAGGUGAUCCACUCUCGUUGGGCGAUGCUUGGCGCGCUCGGGUGCGUGUUCCCGGAGAUCCUCUCCAAGAAUGGUGUCAAGUUCGGCGAGGCGGUGUGGUUCAAGGCCGGCUCGCAGAUCUUCUCCGAGGGCGGCCUGGACUACCUGGGCAACCCUAACCUCGUGCACGCGCAGAGCAUCCUCGCCAUUUGGGCAUGCCAAGUUGUGCUCAUGGGCUUCAUCGAGGGUUACCGUGUUGGUGGAGGCCCUCUCGGUGAGGGGCUCGACAAGAUCUACCCCGGUGGCGCCUUUGACCCCCUCGGUCUCGCCGACGACCCAGACACCGCCGCUGAGCUCAAGGUCAAGGAGCUCAAGAACGGCCGCCUCGCCAUGUUCUCCAUGUUUGGAUUCUUCGUGCAGGCCAUCGUCACGGGCAAGGGACCCGUCGAGAACCUCUUCGACCACGUCGCCGACCCAGUCAACAACAAUGCAUGGGCCUUUGCUACCAACUUCGCCCCCGGGAGCUAAAUGAGAAUUAGCAGCUAGCUGUAGUAUAUAUCGGUCCAUCCAUCGGACGAUCGAUAUAUGCAUGCAUGUGUACUUGUACGCCGUAGAUCAACUUGUACCUUUGUCUAGUUAUGUGUUGAUUUGUACCAUGGUGGAGUGAACCCCGCGCAAUGUAAUUAAGCAUGAGGUGCACGAGUGAAUGAAUGACGGAAGAAUCGUGAAUCGUGUGUACCAUUAGUCAA